CCACAGCCAGCCGAACAGAGCAAGCUAUCGUUGUACUCUCUCUAUGUAUAUACAUACAUGCGCGCGCGUGCGCGCGACCUGCAAGGUGACAGGUGAGAAAUCAUUGGAACACAAAACGACCAUGGCGGCCGAGCUCCGUUCCCCCACCGCCACCUGCAACACCGUCACCGUCGUCAUCACCAUUGUCACCAUCACGGUGCUGCUCCUCGUCUCCACCAGCCACGCGCGGGGAACGCUGGCGGUGGCACCUCCGCCGCCGGAGGAGGAUGACCCGCCGCCGUGCAGGGGAUAUUUCGCGGAUCUGGAGGAGUGUGCCAAGUGGUGCAACGAGCAAGGCUUCUACGGAGGAGGCUUCAUGCACCUGCUCUGCUGCUGCGGCUCAAGAAUAGCCACAAACUCCUCCUCCUAGACCUGCAACUACUUUCCGGUGAAAUGAAUAAACGCAGGAAUAAUGCCUCGCCGGCGUGUGGAAUAAUGCCUGUUGUCGAGACGAUUCUAGUAUAAUCUUGCUUCCACCGUUUUGGUUCUCUAUACAAUCCAUUUUGAUUUUUGG